CAGGUUUUUGGCUGGGCAAGCACCGUGUUGGCAUUGCCUUGCCCACAGCGACCUGCUGAGCACAGCGUGGAGGAGGCCACGGGGGUGACAUGGCCAGUGUCAUCCUGGAGAGCAUCUUCCUGAAGCGCUCACAGCAGAAGAAGAAAACAUCUCCCCUCAACUUCAAGAAGCGCCUGUUCGUGCUGACAGAGAGCAAGCUGUCCUACUACGAGUAUGACUUUGAGCGGGGGCGCCGGGGCAGUAAGAAGGGCUCUGUGGACAUUGAGAAGAUCACCUGUGUGGAGAUGGUGGUGCCUGAAAACAACCCUCCUCCUGAGCGGCAGGUCCUGAGGAAAGGAGAGGAUUACAGCAACAUGGAGCAGAUCUCAAUCAUCGAACGGUUCCCCUACCCCUUCCAGGUGGUAUAUGACGAAGGGCCCCUCUACAUCUUCUCCCCGACAGAGGAGUUGCGCAAACGCUGGAUCCAUCAGCUGAAGAGUGUGAUUCGGUACAACAGUGACCUUGUACAGAAGUACCACCCCUGCUUCUGGAUCGACGGCCAGUACCUGUGCUGCUCCCAGACAGCCAAGAACGCCAUGGGCUGCCAGAUUCUGGAGAGCAGGAAGGGCAGUUUAAAGGUUGGGCGGUCACAUCGCAAAACAAAGAAGCCUCUUCCCCCAACUCCUGAGGAGGACCAGAUGGUGAUGAAGCCUCUGCCUCCUGAGCCAACCCCCAGCACAGCAGGUGAGAUGAAGAAGGUGGUGGCCCUCUACGACUACCAGCCGAUGAACGCACAGGACCUGCAGCUGCAGAAGGGCGAGGAAUACUUCAUCCUGGAGGAAAGCCACUUGCCCUGGUGGAAAGCCCUUGACAAGAACGGGAGGGAGGGAUACAUCCCCAGCAACUACGUCACUGAAACCAGCAAUUCCCUGGAGAUCUUUGAAUGGUACUCAAAGAACAUCACUCGGAGCCAAGCAGAGCAACUGCUGAAACAGGAGGGUAAGGAAGGAGGCUUCAUUGUCCGAGAUUCCACCAGCAAGACAGGGAAAUACACUGUCUCCGUCUAUGCCAAGUCCUCUGCAGACCCCCAAGGCAUGAUCCGUCAUUACGUCGUAUGCUGCACUCCCCAGAAUCAGUAUUACCUGGCAGAAAAGCACCUGUUCAACAGCAUCCCUGAGCUUAUCACAUACCAUCAGCACAACUCUGCAGGGCUCAUAUCCAGACUGAAGUACCCUGUGUCUCAACACCAGAAAAGUGCUCCUUCCACAGCUGGCCUUGGCUAUGGCUCGUGGGAGAUCGACCCAAAGGAUCUGACCUUCCUGAAGGAACUUGGGACGGGGCAGUUUGGCGUGGUGAAGUAUGGGAAGUGGAGAGGCCAGUACAACGUUGCUAUCAAGAUGAUCAGGGAGGGCUCCAUGUCAGAGGAUGAGUUUAUCGACGAAGCCAAAGUCAUGAUGAACCUGUCUCAUGAGAAGCUGGUGCAGCUCUAUGGGGUCUGCACUAAGCAGCGUCCCAUCUUCAUCAUCACUGAGUACAUGGCCAACGGCUGCCUCCUGAACUUCCUGAGGGAAACUCGGCAGCGGUUCCAGCCUGCUGAGCUGCUGGAGAUGUGCAAAGAUGUCUGUGAAGCUAUGGAGUACCUCGAAUCCAAGCAGUUCCUGCACAGAGACCUGGCUGCUCGGAACUGUUUGGUGAAUGACCAAGGAAUUGUGAAAGUAUCAGAUUUUGGUCUCUCCAGGUAUGUGCUGGAUGAUGAGUAUACAAGCUCCAUGGGGUCAAAGUUCCCGGUGCGGUGGUCUCCUCCUGAGGUGCUUCUGUACAGCAAGUUCAGCAGCAAGUCUGACGUCUGGUCUUUUGGCGUUCUGAUGUGGGAAGUGUACUCACUGGGAAAGAUGCCUUACGAAAGGUUUAAUAACAGCGAGACAACAGAGCAUGUCAUCCAAGGCCUGCGCCUGUACCGGCCGCAGCAAGCUUCGGAGAGGGUUUAUGCCAUCAUGUACAGCUGCUGGCACGAG